UAUAUAUACACCAUGUUUUCCACUACUUUUCUCAUCCUUUUUUACUAAACAUAUCUCCUUAAUACUGAAAGAUGGGUUUGAAGAUGGCAAUAUUGAUCCUAGCCAUGUUCGCCAUGCUCCUUUUCGCCUCCUCAGAGGUGCAAUCCACCAAUGCAAAAGAGGUGACAAAUGGAGUUGGUGAAGCCAAAUAUCCUGGUGGAGGCUAUGGCGGCGGCUAUCCUGGUAAUGGCGGCGGCUAUCCUGGUCAUGGCGGUGGCUAUCCUGGUCAUGGCGGUGGCUAUCCUGGUCAUGGUGGUGGCUAUCCUGGUCAUGGUGGUGGCGGUCAUGGUGGUGGCUACCCUGGACGUGGUGGGGGCUGUCGCUACGGCUGUUGCGGUGGCCGGUCAUACCACGGAGGUUGCAGAAGGUGCUGCUCUUACGCUGGUGAAGCUGUUGCUGCACAAACUCAGGAUGAGACUCAUAACUGAGUCAACUCACGUCAACAAUGUAGUACUUAAGAUAUUUCAUGAAUAAAACGUCGUGUCUAUAGUCAUGGAAUGUUCCAGUGACUUUUCUUAUGAGUUUAAGAGCAAAUUAAAGUGAUGAAUAUUAUCUAUAUUCUGCAAAUUCUAAUUUGUUCCAAA